AUAAUACCAAGUAUAACGUAAAUGUAAAUUAUUAGUCUGUACCUUUGUAAAAAAAGCUGUUCAGUUUAUUUUUUUUAAAUCAGAAAUAAAUGGAUUACAAACAACGGUAUUAGAAAUCAGUUCAAAUAUAAAAAACCGGCCAAUUAAUACUAAUUAGUCCAUAAAUAACAGAAAGUCUCAAUUUUGACAUUGAUUUAUCACUGGGCAGCGAUUAAUAUUGUAUUUGUCUAGCCCUUAGAGUCGAUCGGACUCUAUCAAUCAAGCUGUUCUUUGAUUGAUAUAGUGGGGCUUGCUAGCCAGUGAUAAAUACUUUAAUCAGUCGCAGACAAAAUAGCUCAACAUCUCGAAUUGUGGCUCUGGAUGACGUGGGUUAUUAUACUCAAAGGCGCAUCAAUUCUUUCAAGACUACAGACACACCUUAUUGAUGAGUACCAACUAUCACUGAAUCUAGGUCCAACCACCUAAUAGAUUCUACUUCCAUAAAAUUUUCUCCGAAUUGCAUUGACUAUAAUUCUAUCUCACAGAAUGAGGACAGGUCAAGUAACAUUGAUCAUGAAAAUUCUCCAUCUAUUGUUUAUUCAAUCUACCGAAAGUUAUGCUGUUUUAGAAGGUAAACAAAUUGUCAAGAAAGUUUAUUCAAAGCGCCAACCAAUAGUACUAACAGCUGCAGCUGGUUUUAUGUCACAUACAGACAGUAUUGACACAAUGAAUAAUAGUAAUGUUAAUCGUAGUAUAUUUAAUAAUGGGAACGGUUUCUCUACUAUUCAUCAUGUUCCCAAGAACUCAAGUGGUGCAUACAUCCCACCAAAUUUUAUUACUGGAGCACAUUUAGCGCCUGCACACUCUAUAUUCUCAGAUAUUAAUAAAGAAAACUAUUCAAAAUGGUCAUUUUCUACUACAUUUAAUCCAUCAACUACAUCUCAAUUAAAUGAAGUAGUCCGCGAAGAUACACUAACAGAUUUUCCGUUGUACAAGCAACAAAAUCAAACUGAGGAAGAGAUUCAUUCAUUUGGUGGGGGGAAUCAACGACAAAUUAUGGAAGAUGAUAAUGAAUUGCCACAAAUUCAUUCAGACUACCUUUAUGAUGAAGAUUAUGAUUUACCGGAAGAAAUGAAUAAAUAUCAAGUUGUAAUAUCAUCGGAUAUGGAUCCUCCAUAUUCUAUGGACCAACCAAAUGGGGCUGCUAUCAACUCGUCUAGAUUUCCAUGGUUAUAUAAUAAAGAUUAUGAUCAACCCAUGGAGAAUAAAGUGCAAUUUAAGCAGAAUAUCUAUCUAGAUGAUCAACAGAAGAAAGAAGAAGCACGUCCAGUUUAUCAUUCACCAGUUCGCUGGGCGAUAAGAUCAAUAGCUACAAAUGGACAACCAAGACACAUUGCUUGUAGUCAACCUUUAGAUAGAGGAGUUGGUUCUAAUGAAUUAUCUUCUUGGUACUAUGAUUCGAAUGAUGGGAGAUGUCGCUGGUUUGGAUAUCGUGGAUAUGGUGGGAAUGCUAAUAGAUUUUACAGCCGCACAGCUUGCGAAGAAUUAUGUGUUCGAGAUAAUCACAAUUUAUGUGAGUUUGCCAAAUGUCCAAAAUCAAUCACAACCUGUGAACUUGUUGGUGAUCAAUCAUGCAAAGUUUACAAACAACAACAUUCUAAAUCAUGGGAAGCUGAAUGUCCACCAGAUCAACCAGUAUGUGUUACUAAACGAAAUACGAGAAUGGCACCAGAUAUUGAAUUUGAAAAUGUUCCAUCUGAGUGUAAACAACCACCUGAUGCAGGAUCAUGUCAAAUAAAAAAUCCAUCACAAAAUUUUUUCUAUGAUCUAGAAAAUAAUGAUUGUACAUCAUUUUAUUUUCAUGAAUGUGGUGGAAAUGAUAAUCGAUUUGUUACAAAAUCUGAAUGUAUGAGUCAUUGUUCACCUUGAAUGAAAUAAAUUUUCAAUAUCAUCUUUGUUUUACAUUGUCAUCUUUUCUUUAACAUUACCAUAAUCAUUCUUAUCAACCAUGAAAGCAAAAAAACAAAACAUAAUCAAUUUCGUUCACAUUUUUCACCUUCUCAUAGUAGUUAUCAACAGAAAUGGUAUCAGUUUCAGUUUUGAUUAUUAUUAUUAUUAAUGCUAUCAUCCAAAGAAAUCUCAUUUUCAUGAAUAGCCAUACUAGUAAUAUAUAUAUACAUAAAUACUAGUAAUUAUAUAUAUUUUUGAGAAUAAACAAACAAAUGGCAUUAACAUAAUUUCUAAUAGUAAAUGGAUAGUGAUAACAUUUUCUGAUUGUUCUUCUUCUCUGUCGUCGUCGUCUUCAAUAAAUUGCUUAAAUUGAUUGGUUUUAAUUAAAUGUAAUAAUUACUUAACUGAAUCAAAUGAUUAUCAUAGUGAUGAUUGUUUUGUUUUUACUUAUGCUUACAUAAACAUUAUUAAUACUAUACAUAUAUAUGUAUUCAUACUUCUCAAUCCUUUUUCUCUGUCCUAUUAAAAUAUUAAGGAAAAUUAAAAAGUGAAUUUUUUGGGAGAAAAAUGAUUUUAAAACGUUUUAUUUUUGCAAGUUUGUUACAAACUCUAUUCAAUAUUGGCUCUAUAUAUGAAUUGAUAUAGAUAAACAAACUACUGUAGCCCAUAGAGUACUAAAUAUAUAUAUCAUCACUGUUUGAA